AUGGGCUUUGGUCGAAGAUGGAGGGGGUGGGUUAUGGAGUGUGUCAGCACGUGCUCUAUGUCAGUAUUGAUAAAUGGCUCGCCGUCCAAGCCAUUCAAGAUGGAAAGGGGCCUGCGGCAAGGAGAUCCUCUGUCCCCAUUUCCCUUCGUACUUGUUGUUGAUGUCCUACAUAGGAUGAUUGGAGAGGCUGUGAGAAACGGUCGCAUAUCACCGUUGUUGGUUGGGAGAGAUCAUAUUGAGCUGUCGCAUCUACAAUUUGCAGAUGAUACUGUCUUAUUCUGCCCUCCUGAGGAAGAGACAAUCAAGAACUACAGGAAGUUGCUUCGAUGCUUUCAGUUGAUUGUGUUGGGCUAUAAGCAAGCCAAUCUACCAGUUAAAUAUCUAGGCAUCUCGCUAGGAGCAAACCCAAGGAUGGUUAAGACGUGGAAGCCAGUAAUAGACAAAAUGGAGGAGAAGCUUAACCUCUGA